AUGGAUCACUUUUCUUACUACACAAAGAAAAUAAAAACCCUUUGCAUUAGUUCAUGGAAAGUAACCAAGCUUCUCCUCUUUCGCGCCUACCACAUUCUUGUCAUGAAAUCCAACCCCUUUUUCAUGUCUCUCUUCUACUUGCUCUUCAUUUCCCUAUUCGGGUUCGUCAUGCUCAAGGCAUGGAAGCCUCGGCUCCCUUCGCCCACGCCUAGGAACAUCGACUUGCUCUUCACAUCCGUGUCGGCAGCCACCGUCUCCAGCAUGAUGACGGUGGAAAUGGAGGUUUUCUCCGGCCAACACCUGAUAGUGAUGACCGUGUUGAUGUUCCUAGGCGGCGAGAUCUUCACCUCACUCCUCCGUCUCCACUUCACUCCCAAACCCUUUUUCGAGGGAAGGGUUGAGUCUGUGGAAUCCCCACCUAUUGCGUUGACAGCUGAUCAUGAUCAUUCAUUUCUCAAAUUCGAUUCGAUAAAAUUCUUGGCAGUUUUAGUGUUGGGGUAUGUUGUGGUUGUGCAAAUGAUCGGCGUUGCAUCUGUGUUAAUGUAUUUGUCUCUUGUUUCGGGUGCGGAGAGUGUGUUAAAGAGCAAGGGGAUUAAAACUUCGGUUUUUUCGGUUUUUACUGUGGUUUCGACCUUUGCUAACUGUGGCUUCAUUCCUACAAAUGAGAACAUGAUUGUUUUUAGUAAAAACACUGGUCUUCUUCUCAUCCUUCUUCCUCAAAUCCUUCUUGGAAACACAUUGUUUCCGUUGGCUUUGAGGGCGAUGAUAUGGUUGUUGGGGAAGAGGUUGAAAAGGAAUGAGGCUGAGUAUUUGCUCAAGAAUACGAGGGAGGUCGGAUUCCCACACUUGCUUCCUCAGCUAGAGUCGAUGCUGCUUUUAACGACAGUGUUAGGGUUUCUUUUGAUUGCUUCCAUAUUGUUUUCUUCUAUGGAAUGGUAUAAUGUGGGAUUAGAUGGCAUGAAUAGUUACCGGAGAGUUGUUGGAAUCUUUUUCCAAUGCGCCAACGUUAGGCAUUCCGGUGAGAAUAUUGUUGACCUCUCAACCAUCGCCCCGGCCAUAUUGGUGUUUUUCAUGCUCAUGAUGUAUCUUCCUCCAUAUACAUCAUUUGUACCUAUCAAAAGUGAUGAACAAGGCCAACCAAUGCUAGAAGGAAAAGAGGAAAAAAGAAAAAACAUAAUAGCAAAGAACUUCACCUUUUCACAAAUUUCUUAUCUUGCUAUAUUCAUCGUUAUGAUUUGCAUUACGGAGAGGAAGAGCCUAAAAGAUGAUCCUAUCAACUUCAGCGUAUUGAAUAUAGCAUUUGAAGUGAUAAGUGCUUAUGGAAAUGUGGGAUUGACAACCGGUUUCAGCUGCGAUCGGCAGGUAAGAAGGGAUCCAAAAUGUAUCGGAAAAUGGUAUGGACUUGCCGGAAAAUGGAGUGAUGAAGGCAAAUUAAUACUCAUAGUAGUCAUGUUAUUUGGUAGAUUGAAAAAGUUCAACAUCAAGGGCGGCCAAGCGUGGAAGCUCUUAUAACUCCACCACCAUUUUCAUUCUCAAUAUAAAAAAAAUUGUACUCCCUUUCGUCCCGAAAUAGGAGUCCAUAGUUGACUUAACACGGGAUUUAAAAAAUGUGAAGAAAAAUGGUGGAGAUAGUUAGUGAAAUA